AUGGGAGCUGAUAACAAAGAGACUGUUGCAGCCUUUGUGGUACUUACUGCCACAUUUGCUGUUUAUUUGAAGUGCUUACAUCCGUCACUGCCAGGAGGAGACUCAGGGGAGCUAAUUGUGGCAGCAUAUGAAGUCGGGGUAGCUCACCCACCUGGGUAUCCCUUGUUCACGUUACUUUCCCAGCUGUUUAUCUGCUGCAUUCCGGUGGGCUCUGUAGCUUGGAAAGUCAACUUGCUGUCUGCCUGCUGUGGGGCUCUAUGUGCCUUUGUUGUUUAUUUACUUAUUUACAGGCUGACUGUCAGUCACAGUUCAAGUCUGCUAGGAGCAUGCUUGUUCAGCUUCAGUAGACUCACGUGGACCUGGUCAGUCAGUGCAGAAGUGUUCUCUCUCAACAACUUGCUUGUGGCUUGUUUGAUGCUGGUGGCAGUCAAGUUUGAUGGUGCUGAACAAGAGUCCCUAGUUCAGUGGGCAUUGAUGGGAUCAUUUGUGUGUGGGCUGUGCUUGUCCAACCAACAUACCAGUGUUGUGUAUGUGGCUGUCAUGGUACCCUGGGCACUGUACAGACUAUGGAAGAAUCAGCAUUUAACACCAGCAGUCAUAGUCAAGCUGACUGUAGCAUUGAUGUGUGGACUUUUGCCUUACAUCUACUUGCCUGUGGCAGCUCACAUGCACAUUGCCAGAUGGACCUGGGGUGACCAGAGAACACUUAUGGGUUUCUUGACCCACUUGUUGCGUAUGGAGUAUGGCACUUGGGAUCUGUUGAAGAACCAUACUGGUCAGGGCUUGUUUCCUGGUUUAUUUUCAGUUACAUAUGCUAGCCACUGCGCUACCCACCUUACUUGUUUUCCCACUGUUGCAGAUACAAGACAAACAUGGUUGUUGUUAUGUUUUACGUCACGUUGGUUAAAGAAGUUGUUUUCCCACUGUUGCAGAUACAAGACAAACAUGGUAGUUGUUAUGUUUUACAUCAUGUUGUUUCUUUACCUGGUUUUCUUUUGCUGGAGAGCAAAUCUGGAUAUUAAGGACCCUCUUUUGUUUCGAGUGGUUGAGAGAUUCUGGAUGCAGGCUGAUCUUGUCGUCAUUGUCCUGGCUUCAGUGACAUUCUCUGAUAUCUGCAGAAUUAUUGGAAACAGCUGGAAUAUUGACAGGCUACCGCUAGACAUGAUUCUUGUUCUGGCAGUCAUUGGGUCACAUCUGUCUAACAAACAACUCUGGAAUACAUGUGAUCAUAGCAGCAAUUUUGUGGUCCAUGAUUUUGCAGUCCAGACAUUACAGACAUUCCCUUCCCAAGCUAUAGUUCUGACUAAAGGAGACUUGCCGUCUAACAGUUUCAGGUAUUUCCACCUUUGUGAGAACAUCCGUCCAGACUUGACAGUUUUUGACCAGGAGAUGCUAACCUACGAGUGGUCUCUACCAAUGACAGGAUCUUUCUACCCAGGGAUCAUGUUUCCUGGUGAUCUGCUGCAGAUAUACUCAGGCUUGAGACCAGAUAACAGGGUGGCUUUUAGAUUUAAGGACCUCAUUGAUGCUAACUAUGAGAGUCAUCCAAUAUUUGCUUGCAUUGGAAUACAAGACCAUGAACCGUCUUGGAAGGAGAGCUAUAUCUUGUGGCCUUUUGGUUCAUGCUGGCAGAUCAUUAGAAAGGGCACAGUCCUGGAUAUUAGCACAUGGACAUCUAUCACAUCACAUCUGGCUGACCAGUGGAAAUAUCCAUGGACAAGUGCCAAUGACGGGACAUGGGAGGAUAUUGCCAACUCUGAGAUGUGGAAUGCCAAGAUUUCCACUGCAUAUUUUUAUCUGGAACUGGCUUCAAGUAUGCCAGAUGGCCACAAAGAGGUGACUCUUUUGCUCCUGGAGUCAUAUAAGUUGUUUACAAGGGCUAUAGAGAAGGAGAGAUCAUUCCCAGCUUUGUGGCAUCGUAACUACGCCAUUCUCUGUGAGAGACUUCAGCGUGUCGACACAACACUAGACCGUGUGAUGCUCCUGAAGAAAGCCAUCUUUCAUUUUAAGAAGUAUGUGCACCAGGCACCUGAUGAUACAGACAGCCAAAACAUCAGACAUGCAGUGGCAACUCUGGAAGACUACAUGAACAGCUUGACAAGGGUUUGA